AAAUGGGUUGUGCACGAUCAUUUGGCCAACAGGAGGCGCAUUCCAUUUGACCUGAGCGCGAGAGGGAAGCAAAUGCAUAGCUGUGGUUCACGAAUAGCGAACAAGAUUAGACGGCUCUCCGAAGCUCAGGAUGGCGAGUCUCUUCACCAUAUACUCUUGAUUCAGGAGGAAAUACGAACUUCUCUUUUACCAGUGUUUGAAUCCGCUGCACUAUCUGAGCGUCUCUUUCGCUUGAGGGGGAACUGAAAUGAAGGCAGAAGGCAACUCGUGCGUGAAUUACUAUUGGAUACAGUGAAGUCAAGGACGUUCAGUACAUGGCUUUUCCGUCGGUGUACUACCAUAAAGCUUAGGGCCACCGUAGUUAUUUGGUCAAGGAAAUGUGAGGACUUGGAUGCAACUCGAGACUGAUGAUGAGUUGUCCCUAAUUCCUGUUUUACAUGAAGUCGUUAAACUAUCAAACUACCUCAAGACAAAGGAAAGGAAACGGUCUCAAUUAAUUGUGGGCUACAUUGUAACAUUUCAAGCUGUUAUUAAAUGCCACCCUGUAUUGUAUUUCUAUGUCUGCUGAGUAGAGGAAUAAGCACGCGCUCUUGAAAAACAGAGGGAAUGGGCCAAUGAACUUUGAUUUUGGGCACCACCGAUGAGGACGCCAGCAGUGAAUUGACGAGCCACACAUAGAAGCCCCCCUCCCCUCCCUCUGUCCCUACCCCUCCUUCUGACCCCUCUCCCCCCCACCCCAGACUCACCAUGCUGAUCAAGGAGUAUCGGAUCCCAAUGCCAAUGAGCGUGGACGAGUACCGCAUCGCCCAGCUCUACAUGAUCCAGAAAAAGAGCCGGGAUGAGACCUGUGGCGAGGGCAGCGGAGUAGAGAUCCUGGAGAACAAGCCGUACGAUGACGGCCCAGGGGGAAUCGGCCAGUACACCCGCAAGGUUUACCACAUCGGCAUGCACAUCCCCAGCUGGUUCCGCUCCAUCCUGCCCAAGGCAGCGCUCCGGGUGGAGGAGGAGUCCUGGAACGCCUACCCCUACACCCGCACAAGGUACACAUGUCCCUUUGUUGAGAAGUUCUCCAUUGACAUUGAGACGUACUACAAGCCAGACACAGGGAACCAGCCAGACGUCUUCAACAUGUCCCCAGUCGAGAAGAGGCUAAGGACUCUGGACCCCAUCGACAUUGUCAAAGAUCCCAUCCCCCCACAUGAGUACAUGCAAGAGGAGGACCCUCGGAUCUACAGGUCAGACAAGACCAAGAGAGGCCCUCUGCAGGAGGACUGGAUCGAGGAGUACAACAACAACCCGGGGAAGACGCCCAUCAUGUGUGCUUACAAACUGUGCAAGGUGGAGUUCCGCUACUGGGGCAUGCAGUCCAAGAUCGAGCGCUUCAUCCAUGAUGUAGGGCUGAGGAAGGUGAUGGUGCGGGCCCACCGGCAGGCCUGGUGCUGGCAGGAUGAGUGGUACGGCCUGACCAUUGAAGACAUCAGACAGCUGGAGCUUGAGACCCAGCUGGCCCUGGCCCAGAAGAUGGCCCAGUUCAGCCAGGCAGAGGAGGCCACCGAGGCCAAUGGUGCUGCUUCAUCCCCAGACAAGAACCAGGAGGCCAAAGAUACCAUUAGCUCCUUAGAAACUGAGGUGGUCAGUGCAGGGGGCGGGGGAGACACUCUCCAAACAAAACGAGCAGGGCUCACCAAGCAGUGGUCCACCUCCUCCAGAUCCUCCCGCUCAUCCAAGAGAGGAGCGAGCCCAUCACGCCACAGCCUCUCUGAAUGGAGGAUGCAGAGCAUAGCACGAGACUCCGAGGACAGCUCAGAAGAGGAGUUCUUUGAUGCUCACGAGGACUUGUCAGAUGAUGAACAGGUUUUCCCCAAGGAGAUCGCCAAGUGGAACUCCAAUGACCUCAUGGACAAGAUUGAGGCGGCUGACGCAGAAGACAACCCUGGAGAGCUGUACAAGGAUAUGGCAGGGGACUAUGAGAGGGCAGCCAGCGAGGAGAGACUAGAUGAGGACCUGUCCUCCCAGGAAUGUCUGCAGCCUUCUAAGAUUCAUGUGCUGAUCCUGGUGUUACAUGGGGGCAACAUCCUGGACACGGGCGGAGGGGACCAGACCAGUAAGCAAGGCGACAUCAACACUAUCAGCACGGCCUUUGACGCAGUGAUGCGCGUGCACUAUCCCACUGCGCUGGGCCGCAUCGCCAUCCGUCUGGUUCCCUGUCCCGCCAUCUGCGCUGAGGCCUUCUCCCUGGUGACCAAUCUCAGCCCAUACAGUUAUGAUGAGAGCUGUCUGUCUAGCAGUCAGGACCACAUCCCCCUGGCUGCCCUGCCUCUGCUGGCCACCUCCGCCCCCCAGUACCAGGAGGCUGUGGCCACCGUCAUCAUGAGAGCCAACCAGGUGUACAAUGACUUCAUCAGGUCCCUGAACGGGGCAACCUUCUCUGGCCAGGUGUGCCUGAUUGGGGACUGUGUGGGAGGGAUCCUGGGGUUUGACGCAUUGUGCAGCAGCAACCAAACUAUUGGUGACAGCCAGAACAGCAGCCGCAGGGGCAGUGUAAUCAGCGUACAGCAGGACCAGGACCUCCUCUCCCCAGGCAUCAUCAUAAACAGUGGGCACGGCUCUGCCUCUCCCACUCUGGAGGGCAGCCGCCACCUGAGCCUCAGCAACAUCGACAUCCCCCGCUCAGGAGGACCAGACGACUCCAAGAGACAGCAGCCGCGCAAAAGGAGUGGCGACUCCACAUACGAGCUGGACACCAUCAAACACCACCAAGCCUUCCUGACCAGCCUCCACUCCAGUGUCCUGCGGACUGACCCGUGCUCCCGCAGGUCCAGCAGCAGCAUCUUCCAGGAUGCAGGCUGUCUGGGGAGGUUUGACUUUGAGGUGGCAGACUUCUUCCUCUUCGGCUCUCCUCUGGGCCUUGUCCUUGCCCUGAGGAAGACUGUCAUUCCUGUGCUGGAUGUGGCCCAGCUGCGCCCAGCUUGCCAGCAGGUCUACAACCUGUUCCAUCCAGCCGACCCCUCGGCCUCGCGCCUGGAGCCCCUCCUGGAGAAGAAGUUCCACCUCCUGCCCCCCUUCAACGUACCCCGCUACACACGCUUCCCCCUAGGGGACGGCAACUCCGCUCUACUGGUGGAGACAGUCCAGAGCAACCCCCAGCUCCUGCUCGAUAGUGGGACCCCCCUCUCUUUCCGCUGUCAGGAACCUAUCAGCGAGACCUGCAUCCCUGUGCCCGUGCUAAACUGGCAGGAGGGCUCCCUCAAGGCCACACCUGCUGUUCUAGAGUCGGAUGUUGUUCAGUCUCAUGGUGGUGUCUUCAUGGACAGUUCGUACCCCUCCUCCCCCGUUACGGGCCCCCACUGCAGGGGCCUGCGCAGGGCCAGUGAGGUCAGCAUUGCCAGCCAGGUUUCAGGAAUGGCAGACAGUUACACUGCCACCAACAUAGCCAACACACAACCAUGCCAAAUUAACCAAACCAAAAAACUCAGCCUUUUGUCCCAAAUCGCCCUGACAUCACAAACCAAAUUAUCCCUGAGAAGCCCCCCUAAAUCCCAUAGAAAAGAAAGGACUGAUCCAGUCCGAGGAUCUACUGACACAGACAACGGGCCACAACAAGACCCAGAGGCAGACCCAGACGCUAACAGAGGUGUAAGCCCCUGUGGCUCUGGUCAGUUAGAGAGACACCUGUCAGCUGGCCUGGAUUAUACCAUAUAUGACCUGGUCUCCCUGGACUCCCAGGCAGAGGUGGAUCAAGUCGCAGCCCGUUGGUGGGGAACCAAGCGUAUGGACUUUGCCUUGUAUUGCCCUGAUGCCCUGACAGCCUUCCCCACAGUGGCACUACCGCACCUCUUCCAUGCAUCCUACUGGGAGUCCACGGAUGUAGUGUCCUUCCUGCUGCGACAGGUGAUGAGGCAUGAAAACUCCAGCAUACUGGAGCUGGAUGGUAAGGAAGUGUCAGAGUUCACUCCAUCCAAACCUCGGGAGAAGUGGCUCAGGAAGAGAACCCACGUCAAGAUCAGGAAUGUGACAGCCAAUCAUCGUGUGAACGAUGCAGUGUUCACAGAAGAUGGGCAGCAGAUUGUGACUGGCCGCUUUAUGUACGGACCUCUUGACAUGGUCACAUUGACAGGGGAGAAGGUGGACAUCCACAUCAUGACCCAGCCCCCAUCUGGAGACUGGGUGUACUUUGACACGGAGCUGACCAACAGCAGCGGCCGCGUGUACUUCAUCAUCCCAGAGAGCAAACGGCUGGGGGUUGGUGUCUAUCCGGUCAAACUGGUGGUCAGGGGGGACCACACAUUUGCAGACAGCUACCUGACAGUGCUUCCCCAUGGGACAGAGUUUGUGGUGUUCAGUAUAGACGGCUCAUUUGCUGCCAGUGUGUCCAUCAUGGGUAGCGACCCCAAAGUGCGUGCCGGAGCAGUCGACGUGGUCAGGCACUGGCAGGACCUGGGCUAUCUGAUCGUCUAUGUGACAGGGCGUCCAGACAUGCAGAAGCAGAGAGUGGUGGCCUGGCUGUCUCAGCAUAACUUUCCCCAUGGCAUCGUGUCCUUCUGUGACGGCCUGGUCCACGACCCACUCAGACACAAGGCCAACUUCCUCAAGUCACUCAUGGAGGCUCACAUGAAGAUCUUUGCUGGCUACGGUUCUACCAAAGACAUUUCCGUCUACACCUCCAUCGGCCUCUCUCCCUCCCAGAUCUACAUCAUUGGCCGACCCUCCAAGAAGAUGCAAGCUCAGUGCCAGUUCAUUACUGAGGGCUAUGCGACCCACCUCUCUCAGCUGGAGUACAACCAGCGCUCUCGGCCACCAAAGACCAGCAGUGCCCGCAUGGUCCUACGGAAAGGCAGCUUUGGUCUGGGUGCAAAAAGCGACUUUCUGCGGAAGAGGAACCACCUGCUGCGCACCAUUUCCGCCCAGCCGGCCCCCAGCUCGUCCACCGGCAGCGGCCACAGCAGACCAGAGCGCACACAGAGCCAGUCGGACAGCCACAGCCACAGCCAGCACGGCCCGGGACCAGCCCAGCGCAGCAUGAGCAUGGCAGCAGGCUGCUGGGGCCGCAGUGGCAGCACAAAGCUGGAACCUGGGAUUUUCAACCAAAAGUAGGGUUAGAGAGGUAGAUAAGGAGAGUGUGUAAAGUUAGAGAAGAGGAUGAAAAUUAGAAAGGAGGGAAAGCCUGCAAAAUAAUAAAAUAAAUUAAAAUUGAGAUGACAAGUAAUUUCAAGAUGAGAGAGAUGCUGAAAGUAGGCUUUCAAGGCUCUAUAUAUAGACAGGAAGUAGAAUGAGAGAAUACAGCAUUGAAAACCUUAGGUGCUACGAACCAGUCUUUGUAAAGCGACACCAUCAACAUACCUGAAUCAACAAAAAUAUACGGUCAGAGGCUCUUUUUACUUCAGACAGUGAUACAAUGGAGAAAAGCCUUUUAAGAAGCAUCUUAUUUAAGCAAGGAACAUGCAUGCACAACACACAAACCAUUGGCCAACAAUAGCAAAAGUUGCUAAAGAAAAAGUUGCAUAUUGUUUUAGUGUUUAUUUAUCAAUGUCUGUAAUACCAUAUCAAUAUACAUAGUGUGUGUCCUGGACUGGGGCUUCAGAGUGGAGCUGGUUCCAUUCUCUGGUAAUUCAGCGCCCCCAUGCUGCAGGUUUGGGUUAAGUCCUGAUAGAUCAAUGUUCCCCAUCUUCCACCCUGGGCUAUACAGGUGUGUUUUAUCCUCCUUGCACCAUGGCAGUCUACAGUCUCCCAGAACCACACAAAUACAGCCAAUAUAGAAUCAUGGCAUUUCUUCAGAUACUGCAAUACUCCCAGGUUUGUGUACCAAUUGCUCUUUGGUUGAGAACCCAAUUAUUGUCUGUGCUAUCAUACAGAAUGUUACAUUAGCUAUAGGCCACUGCAAUCAUUACCUACACAACAGGUAUAUUUAUAGAUAUCACUUUCAGGACAAACUUGUAUUACUGUAAGGUGAUGUGCCAAAGUAGGCCGUAUGAAAUUGUAUACUUUAUGUGAAGGGAUAAGCUGAAUCCAAGAUGUCCUUUGAGACAGGCUGAAACUGCUCUGUGGUCCUCAUUUGGGAUGAUUGAUUGUAUAGUUGAAGAUGAUCAAGGCUGGUCUAUAAUAUUGUUUGUUGAGCUGGGGUCAGGUCUACCAAGGGGCCAUUAUCUAGUAUCCUCUUCACACGGAGGAGAUUCACAUUCAGGAUACACUUUUUAAUUAUUUUUAUUUAGAUAUAAAUGUAUAUAUACUUUUUUUUGUGAACUUGAGUGUUUUAGUUCUGUUAACUACAUAGUGUUUCAUUUUCUAGGUUGUUUUCUCAAGCAAUCAUUCACAGCAGCCAAUACACAGCAGAGGUAUUUGCCUUGCACAGUAUUGUAUUUCUACCAGAUUGACUGAUCAUGCAAAUCACAAGACUUGUAUUAAUGUAUCUGCUAUUAUUACAGUGCAUUCGGAAACUAUUCAGACCCCUUGACUUUUGCCACAUUAUGUUAUUCUAAAAUGGAUCAAAUUACUGAAAUUAAUUUUCUCAUCAAUCUACACAGACCACAAUGACAUAGUGAAAACAGGUUUUUAGAAAUGUAAAAAAUGUCAAGGACAUAAGUAUUCAGACCCUUUGCUGUCAGCUCAGGUGCAUCCUUUUUCCAUUGCUUAUCCUUGAGAUGUUUCUACAACUUGAUUGGAGCCCACCUGUAAAUUCAAUUGAUUGGACAUGAUUUGGAAAGGCACAUAUAUAAGUUCCCACAGUGCAAAAACCAAGCCAUGAGGUCGAAGGAAUUGUUUGUAGAGCUCAGAGACAGGAUUGUGUCGAGGCACAGAUCUGGGGAAAGGGUACCAAAAAAUGUCUGCAGCAUUGAAGGUCCCCAAGAACACAGUGGCGCUCCACCAAUCAGGCCUUUAUGGUAGAGUGGCCAGACGGAAGCCACUCUUCAGUAAAAAGCACAGGACAGCCUGCUCUCAGACCAUGAGAAACAAGAUUCCCUGGUCUGAUGAAACCAAUAUUGAACUCUUUGGCCUGAAUGCCAAAGGUCAUCUGACGAAUCCUGGCACCAUCCCUACGGUGAAGCAUGGUGGUGGCAGCAUCAUGUUUUUCAGCGGCAGGGACUGGGAGACUAGUCAGGAUCGAGGGAAAGCUGAACGGAGCAAAGUACAGAGAGAUCCUUGAUGAAAACCUGCUCCAGAGCGCUCAGGACCUCAGAUUCGGAUGAAGGCUAACCUUCCAACAGGAGAGACCUGAAGAUAGCUGUGCAGCAACGCUCCCCAUCCAACCUGACAGAGCUUGAGAGGAUCUGCAGAGAAGAAUGGGAGAAACUCCCCAAAUACAGGUGUGCCAAGCGUGUAGUGCCAUACCCAAGAAGACUCAAGGCUGUAAUCACUGCCAAAGGUGCUUUAACAAAGUACUGAGUAAAGGGUCUGAAUACUUGUAAAUAAUGUACAUUUUAUGUUUUUUUUUAUUUGCACACAACCUGUUUUUGCUUUGUCAUUACAGGAUAUGUGUGUAGAUUGAUGACGGGGGGAAAAAAACAUUUAAUCAAUUUUAGAAAAAGGCUGUAACGUAACUGUAAAAAGUCAAGGGGUCUGAAUACUUUCCGAAAGCACAGUACGAUACAUUUAGAAAAUAUGAAAUACAAUCACUUCCUAAGCUGUAAAUAAGGCACUGAAUGAUUAUGCACAUAGACAAUACUAUUUAGGUUCAAUUGGGAGUCAUUUGUUGAAGCCUCCGAUGAACAAUUUGUAGAUUGUAGAUAAUGUAAAAAAAUGCUUUGGAAAGUAGGAACACAGAGUUCAGAUUUGUUUAAUAAUGUUGAUUAAUAAUUUAAGAUGUUUGACUGUCAGUUUAUCAUUCAAAUGAUUUGUACUACCUUGUUUCAAACCUGUGUAGAACUAUAACAGUAAUCGACCAAUGAGAAUUGAAAUGUUAGUGAAAAGGUUCAAUAUUACCCACACGCAUUCCACAGCAGCAGAUCCACCAUAGAGAAAGAAUUCCACAAUGCAUCGACAAUCAGUUAAGCAGGCACAUGCAGAAGUAGACAAACAGAAUGUCUUGGUGCCGUGUGAUUUGAGACAUACGGGUAUAAACAUGAUCAUAGAAAAUUGUUUAGACAAAUGGCAUCUUGGUUGAACUGUUAUUACAUUGCUUACGUGAUCCUGGGAAAAUAAGGAAGACUGUGUGAGGGAUAUAUGGGGAGGGAGGACCAUCAUGGUGAAGUGGGGUCGUCUCCAUCUAAACAGAUUGCUCUGGUAGGGAAUGAAUGAGGCACCAGACUGUCUAUAGCCCUAUUUAUACUGCUGUAUUUACACAGGCAGACUCAUUCUGAUCUUUUGACCAAUUAAGGGAAAUAGAGCUGAUCUAAUUGGUCAAAAGACCAAAUUGUAAAAAAGAUCAGAAGUGGGCUGCCUGUGCGAACACAGCCAACCUGGCACUAACAUUCACACUUUGUCCUGAUCUUGUUCACAUUCUGAUUGUCAUCAGACCUUCCUGAUCACCGCCGUAGGUAGUUAGACACACAUUGUGUCUGAAUAUCAAUCGAGGGUAAACAGAUCUGAAUGUUCAAAUCAUCGUUAUAACGGCCUCAAAUUAUUGACAGGUAGCACGGUUGAUUUAUGGCAUCAGUAAUUGUCUUAAAAUAAAUAAAUAUUUUUGAAAGAAUAGCUGUCAAAUAUUUUGCAUACAGGGAGGCAGCAGCUAAUCUGUUCACAAUGCGAACACAGUGGCAGGAUGAGGCACUUUGGCUGCGUUUAGACAGGCAGCCCAAUUCAACAACAAAAAAUCCACUAAUUAGUCUUUUGCCCAAUGACAUCAGAUCGUUUUCUUAUGUGAUUGGUCAAAAGACCAAUUAGAUGAAAAAAAUAUCAGAAUUGGGCUGCCUGUGUAAAUGCAGCCAUUGAUGGGAUUCAAUUAUUUGGCCAGGUUUACCCCCAGUGGAAGGAGUUUGCAGUCUGCACAAAACAGAAGUGAUGUAGCCUAGGCUAGAUAAGGCACGUGAAGUAAUGAGUAGGAUUCUGUGUUUUCGCAUGCAAAAGUGAUUGUUUUGUGAUUGUGAUUGCCUUCCCAAUGAAAACUAGUUUGAAAAGUUGAACAUAUAUUUUAGGAAAAAGAGCUUUAUGUUUCUGGAUGAUACAGCAUGCUUCCUUGUUGAAAACAUGGCCGAGCUGCGCAGAUUACUGUUUUUUAGAAGGGCGCUCAUCGCUUUUGCCCGUUCACUUCACGAGCCAUAGACCAGUGCACCGAAGCUCAGGUUAACAGAACUCCCUCAUUGUUAUACCAUAUCUAGAAGCGACAAACCUUGAUCAGAUAGUGAUUGGAUCAUAUUGAUCAAAUCAUAAAACUUGAACGAGGCUAUUGUAAACCCAAUGUUCUAGAAUCCUUAUAUAACCACCACUUAAUCUCAUACAUAUAUGAGAUCAUGCUAUUCCUGUUCAAUUUCCGACUAUAGGCACAUUCCAGGGGGACUCUGAAAGCAUUGCCCCAAAUACACAAACAUGCAACAGGCAUGGUAAAUAUGCAGUCAGUUGAGCUGGAGGGGCUUGUGUGGUAAAGGAAUGCAGUUGUAACUGAUACUGCAGUAUGCUUCAAGUCACUGUUCAUAUGAUAUGGUUACCUUUUCUUUAAGUAGCACAUAACUCUAAGGGCAACCCACAUGGAUUUCUCUGUAGAUAACACUGAGUCUUUCUGUGCAUCCUGACAGUGAAAUUGGAUAAGACAGUUUAGCACAUCCAGCUAAAAGAAAACAUGCACCCUUCUAACAAUUAUUACAUGGCUGCUCUUUAAAGCAUCAUCCUGCUCCAGAGAUACUGUAUCAGUCAACUGGACAUUGACACCUGGAGAAUGUUAAGGUAGAUCUGUGCAAUCAUCAGUUAAACUCAAGACACCUCUACACAAAAACAAUCCCCAUAGUUAUCCUACUGGCAAAUGCAGAUAUUACCACAGGCCUUACAGUACAUUUCCCUUUUUGCCUUAAAUUUGCUGUUUCCCUGUUCUGACUCAUGCCUCUGGAAUAAUCCUCCAGAGAAUUUGCUGUAUGGUCACUGAAAAGGACCAUUAUUUACCAAUGAGACGUUGGUAUGACUUUUAUGUCUGGUUGGUUGUAUCGACAGGGAAAUAGUAUAAAUGUACAUAGGAAUAUAUUACAAAUAAAACUACUUGCACCCGUAUCAUAUCAAGCCUCCACUCUGCACUUAAAAAUGUUUCAUCUCACGCUUAUUGAAAUGGCAAUGCUGACUGAAUUUGAUCACAUCAAAAUGACCUUACCUGGCUGUAAAAAUGUCCCAAUACCUUGGCUAUAUACAGUAUCAACAUACUUUGUAUUACUCUGAAGUUUUAGACAGUUAUUUUACCCAUUAUUUGUGUUUCCAUGUACAGUGUAUAAAGUAAGUAUGAAGAACAGAAA